AUGGUAUCAUUGGCUGUCGAAAAUAUGCUAGCGGCUCAGUAUAAUCAGAAAACGAAUGGGAUUGAAAUCAAUCAAGUUCCGAUUCCAGUUUGUGGAGAUAACGAUAUACUGAUCAAAACAAAAUGCGCAUCUUUAUGCCACUCCGACCUGAUGCUGUUCUGGGGCCACACAACUGAGAAGCCUCCUACUGACAAAAUCACAAUCGGUCAUGAAAAUACUGGAUACGUUGUUACCAUGGGAAAGAAUGUUCAAGGCUUCAAAGUUGGGGACGCAGUAGGUUGCUUGGGUUGUAGCUACGCUUGUUAUGAGUGCGAAGGAUGCCAAGUGCACAAUAUUUGGUGUGAGAAGGGCACUGGGCGGCUGCACGGCUUCCAGUGUGAUGGACAUUUUGCUGAAUAUUCCAUUGCAGACUAUCGCAACGCGAUGGUUCUUCCGUUGGGUAUGGAGUUAGUUACCGCGGCGCCGUUGUUCUGUGCUGGUAUUACAGCCUACCAUGCAAUUAAGGGUUGCGAUUUAAAGCCUGAUCAGUGGAUCGCCAUUGUAGGAUGUGGAGGUCUUGGUCAUCUUGCGGUUCAAUACGCAAAGGCUCUGGGGUUGAAAGUCGUUGGUCUUGACAUUUCGGAGUCUCAGUUGCAGGCGGUUGAGGCAUUAGGAGCUGACAUGGUCAUCAAUACACUGACAGAGCCUGACUUUGAGACUAAGGUGAAGACCUUCACAAAAGGCGGUUGCAACGCCGCCGCUGUCUUUAGUGCCUCGAACGUGGCAUAUGAGAAUGCGCCAAAGACGUUAAGGAUCAACGGGCUAUUAAUGGUUGCCGGUAUUCCGAAGCAACCUUUGGCCAUCAACGCUCUAGAUAUAUUGCUGGGCAAGUAUCGUGUAGCUGGAAAGAGCAGCGGAAUUCCACAGAAUAUGCCCGAGGCCAUCGAGUUCAGUCACAAACAUGGUAUCCAGUCUCAUAUUACGACAUUCAAUGACAUCCAUGAUAUCCAGAAAGCAGUGGAUUUGAUGACAUCUGGAAAGACCGCUGGACGCUUAGGCGUUGUUUUUGAAUAG